AUGGCCACCCCGGCAUCAGUCUCUGCGUUCUUCCCCCCCCGCCCCCCAAAUACAGAAACCAGUCAAAGACUAACAGGUUUCCUCACCCGCAAGCCGAGAAGAACAAACGCCCCAAGCUUCCUCGGACGAUGCAAUACACACCCCCUUGCCAAACGCACCCUUGCCAACCCAAAGGUAACCAAAACUUAUCCUAUCCAGUGGGUCGACCCAUCUCAAACGGAGUCAGUAGGACCGCCCAAGCAUGAUGCAGUGCCCCCACUACCGCAAAACAACACUGCACAGCCCGUGGACAUGCAUGGUCUUGCACACAGCCUGCCCCCAGGCUGCGCUUAUCAUGCUCCCGGUCCGCACGACGCCCCAGCUGCUGGCCUGAACCCGGCUGCUCUGCCCCAGUGGCCCGUCGUCGACGAGAUCGACCCUUAUCCCAGCAUGGACUGGACGAGAUGCUUUGAGCAGAUGUCUCCGGCGGGGGCGAGCGUGCAUUUCCGCGAGCCCGACGCGUCUGUGUAUGGGGAGUUGUCGUGCGCGGAGGGGGGAAGAGUUGGCGACGACGGCUGGGGGGAGAUGAGUGGGCUGGCGACGCUGCAGAUGGGCGUGUCAGGCUUGGCCCCUGUUGCUGCGCAUGCGGGACCGUCGGGGAAGCGGUCGGAAGAGAGGGCUUCUGCGGUCGAGGCUGGCGAUAGGGACAAGGUGAAGGAGAUUGUCGAGGACAUGGUGCGGAUGGAAGCGCGGCAUCGGAGGCACACCCAGAACCAGCUGAGGGCGGUGGGACAAGUGUGA